AUGAAGGAGAAGUCAAAGAAUGCGGCGAAGACCAGACGGGAAAAGGAAAACGGAGAAUUUUACGAACUGGCGAAGUUAUUGCCGCUGCCCUCUGCCAUCACGUCCCAACUGGAUAAAGCUUCCAUCAUCCGACUGACUACAAGUUACCUCAAAAUGAGAGCGGUCUUCCCAGAUGGUCUAGGGGAGGCCUGGGGACACGCCUCGCGCAUCAGCCCUCUGGACAAUAUGGCCAAAGAGCUGGGCUCUCACCUACUGCAGACACUCGACGGCUUCGUCUUUGUGGUGGCAUCUGAUGGGAAAAUAAUGUACAUAUCCGAGACGGCAUCGGUUCACCUUGGACUCUCACAGGUGGAGCUAACAGGAAAUAGCAUUUUUGAGUACAUCCAUCCAUCAGACCACGACGAGAUGACGGCAGUACUGAGCGCGCACCAACCUCUUACCCCUCACUUCCUACAAGAGUACGAGAUGGAGCGCUCGUUCUUCCUCAGAAUGAAGUGUGUUCUGGCAAAGCGUAACGCUGGACUCACAUGUGGAGGCUACAAGGUGAUCCACUGCAGCGGCUACCUGAAGAUCCGGCAGUACGUGAUGGACAUGGCCGUGUACGACUCCUGCUACCAGAUCGUGGGGCUGGUGGCGGUGGGCCAUUCGCUUCCCCCAAGCGGCAUCACGGAGAUCAAGCUGCACAACAACAUGUUCAUGUUCCGCGCCAGCCUCGACCUCAAGCUCAUCUUCCUCGACAGCAGGGUUGCUGAGCUAACAGGCUACGAGCCCCAAGACCUGAUUGAGAAGACCUUGUAUCAUCACGUCCAUGGGUGCGAUGUUUUCCACCUCCGCUAUGCACACCACCUGUUGCUGGUGAAAGGACAGGUCACCACCAAGUACUAUCGAAUGCUAUCUAAGCAUGGAGGAUGGGUUUGGGUCCAGAGCUACGCCACAAUUGUACACAACAGUCGAUCCUCGCGACCCCACUGCAUUGUCAGUGUCAACUAUGUGCUAACGGAGAUAGAAUAUAAAGAUCUCCAGCUCUCCCAAGACCAGACCAAGGCCAUCAAACCAGCACUUACCUACAAGAGCACCGCGACAUCCUCCACCCAGGACUCCAGGAAACAGCUCAAAACCAAAGCAGUCAAGAUCAAAACCAAGCUGAAGGUGUCUCCGUACCCCCAGCCGAGUCCCUCUUUCCACCCUGAGAAGAUGGAGUGUGCGUCGUCCCAGGUGGUGGGUGGCUGGAAGGAGAGCCCUCCCUACAGCCUCCUCUCCUGCCAGGAGCAGAGCUCUGUGUCCGAGGCCGCCGAGGUGCUGUGCAGCCCCACCUACGGCUUCCCCCUGCCUUACCCCUACGGCCACUUCCCCUCCGAGGCUCCUGCCGCCACCGCCGCCGCUGCUGCUGCUGCUGCCUUCGCCGUCCGACAGCUGCGUCCAGGGGCCCAGGGCUCGCCGGAUCAGGCCGCCACGCGUCAGCUGCUCAGCUCACUGCAGAGUCGCGCCGACCAACAACACUGGAACUGCUCCAACGCGUGCUCGUCGUCACACUCGCCAGUGAAGAGCCACCUCCAUCACCAUCACAAUCACAAUCACACGCUGAGUCCGUCCCCUGAGCCCUGCAACAGCACAUAUGCAGGUUCAGCAGCAGCAGCAGCAGGAAGGAGGUACAUCAGUGAAGCAGGCUCCGACGGCUACUCCAGCUGCAGCUCCUCCGCCAGACCCAUCAUGGGCCUCAAGGAGGAGCCGUACGAGAAGACUCCGGCGACCCAUCAGCACGCCACCAAAGACGACCUCAAAAUGGCCUUCAGCAGCCGCGGCGGCGACCCAGCCAAGGAAACCACAUCCUCGUCCUCGUCCUCCUCAUUGCACUCUGACCCCAACAGCACCAGCACCGCUGCAGACAAGGCUAACAGCGCGUGCUCCAUGUACGGAGGUGGAGGGGGAGGUGGGGGCAGCACCUCUGUGCUCACCAAGGCCAGCAGCAGCAGCAGCUGUGAGCUGUCACGGCAGCCCCUGCACCACACCUUACGGCAGCACCUGCCCAUGCAGAUGGUGCUGGACCAGCGCCGCAAGCUGUGCAUGAUGGAGUCCUCUUCAUCCUCAUCCUCAUCCUCCUACUCCCACCAUCACCAUCACCUUCACCAUCGAGGAGGGUGCAGGCUCACAGAGCCGUGUGGAGCCGAGGAGAAGAGAGUGUACAUGGGCAUGGGGGUGGCGGGCCUCGGGGCCCAGACGCCCUACGUGUCCCUGAACUUCCACCACGUGCUGGCCAAGCACGGCUCCUUCCAGGGCUCGUCGUCGGCUGCUGCUGCGGCGGCCGCCGCCGCCUACACGCUGAGUCACCUGACGGACAAUUACGGCUACCGGGGGGAGGAGAUCGGGCCGUACCUCUACAAGAGCCAAAGCCCCGCGUCCAGCUCGUCGCCCGAGAGCCACCGGGAGAUCCCGCACUACAUCGGCACGUCCGUCAUCAUCACCAACGAGAGGUAA